AUAAAUAUAUGAAUUCAACCUAAUAACCGACUAAUAUAACUCUUAAUUAAUAGAGAUAGCAUUCUAAAUCAGUUUCAAUUGCUGCUACUUAAAAACUUAGUUAAUAAUAAAAAAGAAUUGAAAGAUCGUAUGAAGAAAUUACAGCAGAAAAAUAAUUAUCAAAUGUAGAAUAACAAAGACUUAAUUCAGUUUUUAAUUAUCUUAUGACUUUUAAUAAUGAUAAGAAUAAAUAGAAUGAACCAGGAAUAACUGCUGAAAUUUUAAUGAAUGCAUUAGAAAAAGUAGAUUUUCUAUUACCAAUUAAAGAAGCAGAAUUAUUUAUUUGGGAAAUAGAUGAGGACGGAGAUAAAAAGAUUAAUCAUUAUGAAUUAUAAAUGAUGUAUAAAAGGUGUAUUUUUGAUCCUACUUUAUUAGAACCAAGGUAAUUAUUACUAAUUUAUAUAGAAAUUUAUUCAAUAUUAUUUAGUUUUUUAUGUAUGAUAAGGCUAAACAUGGUAAAAUUACUGUAGAAGAUACUUUAGAAUUAUUAUUUGUGCGUCAUGGAAGAGGAGGUUUAGACGAAGAAAUUUAAGCUAUAUUUGGAAGAGAAGAAAAAAAUAGUGAUGGAACUGAAAAAACAUUAAAUUUUACAGACUAUUAUGAAAAAACAAGAAUUAGAGAUUUUUAAAGAAGAAAGGAAGCAGAAUAAUCAAGAAAAGAAGUCAAACUUCCACCACUAGAAGAUAAAAAAUGA